GUAUCCAUUAUUUUGUUUUCCCUCCCCUCCGCCUCCGCCAUGAUGUUUUCUAAGUGAACAGCCGAGCUGGUUUAGCCUUCAGGCUGCGGACUGUUGUGGAAGGGAGGUGCGAUGGAUGGAUGCUUUGCCCCGCUACGUUUUUCCAUAUUUGUCUUAGGUUAAACAGAAUGCCUCAUCUCCGACAGAAUUUACCUCUCGUUAUACUCCGCGCUGUUGCGGAGGGCUGCUAAUUUGCAGCGCAGCGUUAAUAGAUGAUCCAGGAGCAACGAUUUUUCCUCAUAGUUUGAAGAUUAACGCUAGCUGAGGCUGUUUAAGUGGCUACACAGCUAGCCCCUCCUUGCUGUCUACCAUCGCAUUCUUGUGUCUUUUGCCCCAGGAAUGUUUUCCAAAAAGCCUCAUGGAGACGUUAAAAAAUCAACACAGAAAGUGUUGGACCCAAAGAAGGACGUGUUGACGAGGCUGAAACAUCUCAGAAUUGUCAUUGAAAACGCAGAGCCUUCAGAGCUGAAACAGUUCUUCGACCUGAACUACUCUCAUAUCUACUAUGUCUUCUUUGAGAACUUUGUCACCAUUGAGGUCAGCCUCAAGCAAAAAGGUCACAAGUCUCAGAGGGAGGAGCUGGACUCCAUCCUAUUCAUCUUUGAGAAAAUCCUCCAGCUCCUGCCAGAGAGAAUCCAGAGCCGAUGGCAGUUCCACAGCAUAGGGCUGAUCCUCAAGAAGCUGUUGCACACUGGGAACUCUCUGAAGAUUCGUCGUGAAGGAGUGCGUUUGUUCUUGCUGUGGAUGCAGGCAUUACAGAGCAAUGCAGAGCGUGAGCAGCUCUGCAUGUUUGCCUGUUUGAUUCCUGGCUUCCCAGCUCCACUUUGCCAUGGGACCCCACGCACCCUGGACACUCUGAUCAACCCACCGCUGAGUUUAACAGAGACUCAGGUUACCCCAGAAGAGAUCACUCCAUUGGUUCCUCCUCAGUCAGGUGACAAGAACCAGGAAGACCUCACUGCUUACUUUUUAGAAGCUCUACUCAAAUACAUGGUAAACCAGGCCAAGUCUCUUGAGUGGCGUUGUAAAGAGAACCAUGAACGUGGCUUCAGUUUCCUCUUCGGUCACUUCAGGAAGUUUUACCUUCCUCACAUUUUUCCCAACUUCGCCAUGGAAACAAGCCUCUACAAUCCAAUACUGGACGUGCCUCCGAUGCGUCCUAAGCCCUACUACAGUGUGGUGCGGAGGGAGCAAGAUGGCGGUGAAACGCUGUACUGUACCAAGGAGAGCUUCCUUCAGGCCCGAGUCAUCUUUAUCCGCUGGCUGGUUUCUUUCUGGCUCGAGCCACGACCCAACACACAGACACACAUCCCAGGAACAGAAGGAGAGAACGUUCCCAAGAACAUACAGCGAGCAGCAGCCGGGCUGGCAGCUCGCUCUGCAGGCAGCUCAGAUGACAGUGGUGGAGGCGGGAUCCGGUCUGACAGCCACCUGGAAGGUAGCGGCUGCUCAUCUGGACCAGGCGGAGGCAGCAUGGGGCUAUCUGGGGGUUCAGGGCUUGGGGGCGAGCCUGAACAAAGCCACUCCAACACAUCAACAUUGACAGAGAGGGAACCCAGCUCCUCCUCGCUCUGCUCCAUGGAUGAAGAGCAGCUGACGGACAUGGAGGUGGUGAGGAGAGUUCUGACAAGCUCCAGAACCAACGUCAACUUCAUCACUGAGAUCUUCAGACAGGCAUUUCUCCUUCCCAUGUGCGAAGCUGCAGCGAUGCGUAAAGUGGUCCGUGUUUACCAGGAGUGGAUCUCCAUGGAGGAUAGGCCAGUGUUCAUGAAGGAGCCAGAUGAGGGCCCCUAUCCCAUAGCCACAGGCGGCAGUCUGGAUUCAGGCUCUCAGCUCGGAGACAAGGAAGAUGAGGGAAUGAACAAGGCAAUUGACAGUGAAUUGCUGGAGUAUAGUGUUCAUGCUGGAGUUCAAACUACACUACAGGUAUUUAUCACCCACUCCUCCAACGUUUUCCUAUUGGAGCCGGCAAAUGACAUCAAGAUCCUUUUAGAGGAGCAUGUGGACAUGUGCAAGCGAGUCCUGAACAUCUACCGCAGCCUUGUCAUGCAUGAGACCAUGGACCAGAAAACAUGGGAACAGAUCUUACUGGUUCUGCUGAGGGUGACAGAAUCUGUGAUGAAAAGACCUCCAUCCAUCAUGCCCCAGGGCAAAAAGAACAACACACUGUCAGGCAGACUGGCUGGACCUAUCUUUCAGACACUGAUAGUAGCCUGGAUUAAGGGGAACUUAAACGUCUACAUCAGCAGAGAACUGUGGGACGACCUCCUCUCCGUUCUCUCCUCUCUUACCUGCUGGGAUGAACUGGUCACUGAGUGGUCACUCACCAUGGAGACGCUCACCAAGGUGUUGGCCAGGAACCUGUACAGUGUUGAUCUGAAUGAGCUGCCUCUGGACAAACUCAGUGAACAAAAACAGAAGAAACAUAAAGGAAAAGGUAUAGGUUCGGAGGGCCAGCGGCAGAUUGUGGAUCGUUCCUUCUCUAAAGGCUGGAGCAGAGACCAACCAGGCCAGGCAGCAGCCAUGAGGCAGCGAAGCGCCACCACCGCUGGCUCACCAGGCAUCGAAAAGGCCAGGAGUAUUGUCCGCCAGAAGACUGUAGACCUUGAGGACCCGCCAAUCACGCUGACAUCCCGUCCCUCUCGGAUGCGGCACUCCUCCCAGAGUGACGAGGCCCCUCCCACUUCCUGUUCUGAGGUCUUCCAGGGAGUGGCUUGUGACCUGGAUGCUCCGGCCCCUUCGUCCCUUGCAAGGAGCAGCAGUGCCUCUGACGUCAUGGAGCCUUUCAUCGCAGAGCGGGUCAAAGGUGAAGACCCCCUGAGGGAUCCCGCUUCGAUCCCAAAUUCCCCCCACCUCCACUCCACAACUUCUUCCUUACUGGCAGCCAAAAGCCACGCAGCUCAACCACUCCCACAUCCCCCCACCUCUCCCUCUCCCACUCCUUUUACCUUUUCUAAUGAUGGUGCUGUCUCGUCCUCAGAGGGACAAGAUGAUGAUAAUUCUUAUGACCAGUUCUGGCAGCAGAUUGGCUGUCAAAGCCAAGGCUCUAGUUCUGAUUGGGUAAGUGACUGGGAUUCUGCCUUUGCCUGUUCAUCUGAAAAGGAAAUCGAUGUAGAAGAGGGUGAGAUCGGGGCUGGGGUAGAGGAGGAGGAUGAUUUAUUCUCCUCUAUUAGGGACUAUCUCACUCACAAAGGAGGUGAAAGGAAGGAAGAGGCAGGAGAUAAAGAUAGUCUUGGUCAUGUACUCGAGAACAGUGUUGUAACUUUACCUACGCCUGUGCAAACAGGGGUAGCUAGAACACAAAUGGAAUACACAGGACAGGUAGGAGAGGCAAGACAGGUGGUGAGAGAGGACAGACAGACUUGUAAACAGGACAGACAGGUAAGUAAAUCUGUGAGACAUAGCAGUGUGGAUUCAACAGAGGAGAAUGAGGCAGAGCAGCGGAGCAUCUAUGAAUGCCUGGAGUUGCAGUGCCAGUGGCCGUCACCCAAUGCAAGGGGGAGUGCUAGCUUAGAAAGACACAGUGGGGAGAAAAGGGGAGUAGGAAAUACAGGAAGGGCAGCAGGAUGGGAAGGGAAAUGUGACUUGUCGAGAGAAAUGGGAGAAGAGAAAGAGGAUGAUAAAGAAGCAGCAUUAAAAGAAAGGUCCAGUUUAAUUAGACAAGACAACGCAUUAGAUUCUAGCACCGAUUCAAAUCAAAGUGCCCAAACUUCUGACACAGCUAAGGCCAAGAUGUCCCGUAGUAGCACCAAAAGGCACCAUUCUGGUGGGGUUCAUGUUAGCUUCCGGCCCUCGACUGAGUCAGUCCAGUUCCACAAUCCCCUUGAGAGUAAAGAGGCCCACUGGAAAGCCCGGCUGCGCCGCCUAAGUCACUUCCACACACACAGCCACUCAGCUGGGGAGAGGUCCGGGGCCGGAGCUGGGGCAGGGUCAGGUGCGAAGCAGGGAGCAGGGGCUUCAGGUAAGUUUGGCUCUGUAGCUGGGAUUAGCCAUAGAGCAGGAGCUCAUGAGAAAUUAGCCACUGGGACUGUAACGGAUAACAGCGGGAACACAAUUGCUGGAGGCCUGGAAAGCAGGGCUGGGACUGGAGGGGACAAGGACAAGCAACAUCCUGGAUCCUGUGUGGGAUCAAACCUGGGCUCUGAGGCUCCCUCAGAGGCGUCUUUAAGCAGUUCAGGUUUCUCUGGCGUGUCGUCAGGGGUGCGUGGCCGUUUGGGACGUUCUGCCUUGCGAUCUCGAGCCUCCCGCUCUCGCUCCCAGGAGCCCGGCAGCACUGCCUCACGACACCACCAGGGGGCUCUCCUUGGUGGCGUCUACAAGAGUGUGGUUCACGCUCUGUCCUCAAAGCCCCGGCCCCGGGGUCAGGGGUCAUCCCAAGGCUCGUCGCCACAGCGGCAGGGCCGGGCCGCCAUGGGUGACGCAUCGCUAAGAGACCUCUACUCCCACGUCCUGGGCUACUUUGGACGAAAGACGACUACGCCAGUCAACAAAGAAGAGGUGGUACAGAAGGCUCGUCCAGUCUCCAGCGACGUAGGAAGCACCAACCCAAACUUCUCCGACCUCAUGGAUGAGUUUAUCCAAGAGAGACUGAGGGCCAAAGGGACAGCAGGCCGUCGUGGCAGCAGCCCAGGAAGUCUGGAGGUUCCCAGGGACCUGCCGGAGCUCCUAGAGGCAGGCCAGAGUCCCGGAUCCCGUCCUUCAGAUGAUCUCCGUCCCAUCGAUGAUCCGGGCGUUCCCUCUGAAUGGACGUCACCUGCAAGUGCCAGCGGCUCUGAUGUCAUCAGCUCAGACAGCCAGUCAGACUCCUUUAAUGCCUUUCAGUACUCCACCUGCAAGUUUGAAAAUUUUACUUUCAGUUCGGAAGCAUGUGGAGGAGGAGCUGGAUCGGGAGGCGGAGGUCGAGGUAGUUCCCUGGAUCAGGACAGCCUGGGAGGGGGUGUGGCCUGCGAAGAACAUGAAGUAGCCAGUUUGACAACGCUUCACCUCGACUCGGAGACCAGCAGCCUCAGCCACACUGUCACUGUUACUGGUUCUGAGAGUGCAUCUCCCAUGCACUCCCUUGGGGGCUCUCGCUCCCAGACGCCCUCCCCUGCCACACUGACAGCAGAGCACACUGAUCACACACACUCUCACUCACAUACACACCUACAGCUGGACCAGAAGCUCCACAACUCUGUCCUGCAGACACCUGAUGACCUGGAAACCAGCGAGUUCCCCAGCGAGGACUGCAGUGUGAUGGCGGGUGGCACUCUAACUGGAUGGCACGCAGAUGUUGCCACGGUAAUGUGGCGGAGGAUGCUGGGUAUCCUGGGGGAUGUCAAUAGCAUCAAAGAUCCAGAGAUCCAUGCUCAGGUCUUCGACUAUCUGUGUGAACUGUGGCAAAACCUGGCCAAGAUAAGAGAUAAUUUGGGCAUUUCUCUGGACAACCAGUCGUCACCCCCUCCCCCUGUUCUGAUCCCACCCCUGAGAAUCCUCACCCCCUGGCUCUUUAAGGCCACCCAAAUGCUGUACAGAGCGUUACCGAAGCCCAGGGGAAGCUUUUCAUGCCGUAACAAGCUGAUCUGCAGGAUCAUGAAGAGACGGCAAGAUGUUUCCCCAAACACAGAUUUUCUCACACACUUUUACAACAUCAUGCACCAAGGACUGCUGCACCAAGACCAGGACAUUGUGAACACCAUUAUAAAGCACUGCAGUCCCAGGUUCUUCAGUAUCGGGCUACCUGGAGCCACCAUGCUGAUCCUGGACUUCAUCAUUGCAGCUUCUAGAGUCACCGCCUGCUCAUCACUAAAUGCUCCAAGAGUAGAGGCCCAGAUCCUGCUUGGAUCUCUGGUGUGUUUUCCCAACUUGUAUGGGGAGCUUCCAGCCCUCCAUCCCACCACAGCUGACGUGGUGCUCACCAAGUUCCCUGACGUCAAGGAGCAUGUUAUCAAAACCAUCCUGACCUCUGCCAGGGACGAACCCUCUGCUCCUGCUAGGUGUGUGGCUCUGUGUAGUCUGGGUAUCUGGCUGUGCGAGGAGUUGGCUCAUGGGACUCAACAUCCACAGAUUAAAGAUGCUCUCAACGUCAUCUGUGUCACUCUGAAGUACCCCAAUAAGAACGUAGCACUGGUGGCGUCUGAUAUCCUUCACCUCCUGAUCAGUCAUGUGGAUCAUCUUCAGAAAUUCCCCCCCGACACUCCAAAGAAGAUCGUAGAGAUUUUGAUCGCAACCAUCACAUACUUGCUGCCUACUACGGAGUCCUCUCUGCAUGAACUGGAUAAGAGGCUGGUAGUGUCCCUCCUGUUGUGUCUGUUGGACUGGGUGAUGGCUCUGCCUCCCAAGACUCUUCUUCAACCUGUUCAAACACGAAGCCCCCCAGACAAGGACCAGCCUACCAAGACUCUGCUCAGCUGUAUUUAUAAGGUAUUGCAUGGUUGUGUAUAUGGAGCCCAGUCUUUCAACAGUCCCAAGUAUUACCCGCUGCAGCUGUCAGACCUGCUGAGUCCAGACUACGACCCGUUCCUACCAUUAGAGAGCCUCCGAGAACCAGAACCCCUGCACAGCCCGGACUCUGAACGCUCCAGCAAACUACAGCCUGUCACUGAAGUUCGCAGCCGUAUUCAGCAGGGCCUCGUUUCCAUCGCAGCCAGAACAGUUAUCACGCACUUGGUCAACCAUCUAGGACAUUAUCCAAUGUCUGGAGGGCCUGCUACUCUGUCUAGUCAGGUGUGUGAAAACCAAGACAACCCGUUCUGUGAGAGUGCAGAUCUCGGACCAGAGCUUUUCCAUUCACCAAACCUACAGUUUCUGGUUCUGAACGGCUCCACGCUGCUCUCAGUGUAUCAGAUCCGAUCUGAGUCCGGUGUACCAGGAGGCGGAAUGACAGCUGGUUUGUCCUCUGCUCCAGCUUGCGUUCGUGUCAUCAUCCGAGAUGUGGCUGGGAAACACUCAUGGGACUCUGCCGUUCUCUACGGGCCUCCACCAUGUUCCCCAAGCAGCCCGACACACACAUUUCUGUCACACACACAAUCACCUCACAGUGCGAAUCUUCAUUUACGCACCCCACCAGGAGGUCCACCGAAAAAGAUGGGAGUGAAGAGAGAAGACAGCGAAGAAGAGGCCCAGGAGGAGAGGGAGGCAGAGGAAGGAGGAAGAGGGAUGGAGAGUGAAAGGCAAGGGUUUCAGGAAGAGGAGGAGGAGGAGGAGGAGGAGGAGGAAGGAGAGGAAAGAGAGGAAAGAGAAGUCAACGAGGCUGAGAAGGGAGAUCAAAGAGGAGGUGAAAGAGACGUGGGAGAGGAGGAGCAGGAGGAGGAGAAGAACGAGCAUAGGAUGGAUGGGAUGGGUGAUCGAGAGGAGUCGGGCUUAGAACAGCUUCUAGCUCCGCCAUUGGCUAAACGUGUGUGUCGGGAGGCAGUGCCAGCAUGGGACUCACUGACAGAGGGGGACGAUGCACUGGAUGAAAUGCUGCAAUACCUGGGAUACUCGAGUCCAGAGUGUCUGCAGAGAGCAGGCAUGCCGCUCAACAUACCAGCCCCUCCUCCAGCGUGUGUUUCAGAAAAGCAGGAGAACGAUGUGAUCAAUGCCAUCCUGAAACAGAGCGCUGCUGAAAGAGAGUUCGUCCUUCAUAGAGGCGAGGAGUUGAACAUGAGGGCAGUGCAGCAGACUGAACCAGAGACUCAGACACCACAGUCUGCCUUCUACUACUGCAGACUACUGAUCAACAUACUGGGACUCAACUCCUGGGAAAAGAGAAGUAACUUUCAUUUGUUGAGGAAGAAUGAGAAGUUAUUGAGAGAGCUGAAGAACCUGGACUCACGGCAGUGUCGUGAGACUCAUAAAAUAGCAGUAUUUUAUGUGGCUGAGGGCCAAGAGGACAAACACUCCAUACUAACCAACACAGCGGGCAGCCAAGCUUAUGAAGACUUUGUCUCUGGACUGGGAUGGGAGGUGGACCUUACUACUCACUGUGGCUUCAUGGGAGGUCUCCAGAGGAAUCGCAGUACGGGCCAAACUACACCUUACUACGCCACCUCCACUACUGAGGUCAUCUACCACGUCUCAACCCGCAUGCCCCAUGACCAGGACCACAACCUCACCAAGAAGCUUAGACACCUGGGUAAUGACGAGGUCCACAUUGUUUGGUCGGAACAUUCCAGAGACUACCGUCGAGGGAUCAUCCCCACUGAGUUUGGAGACGUGCUAAUCGUCAUCUACCCCAUGAAGAACCACAUGUACUCCAUCCAUAUACUCAAAAAACCAGAGGUGCCAUUCUUUGGUCCGCUGUUUGACGGUGCUUUAGUGGACAUGAAGAUUUUGCCCACCAUGGUGAGAGCCACAGCUAUCAACGCCAGUCGAGCUCUCAAGUCCCUCAUUCCCCUAUACCAAAACUUGCUCCUGCCUAGAGAUUCUUCGGGGAGAAAGUCCGGCUCUUGGGGAGGCAGGGAGCGACUCGGCAUCCCCCAUGUCUCCUCGGACUAGCAAGAGCCGCAUGUCCAUGAAGCUGCGACGCUCCUCUGGAUCGGCCAAUAAGACUUAAGCUCUCUACACUACAUGGCCUAGUCCGAACUGACACUUCAUGUCCUCAAAAAGGUGUUUCUCCACAGAAAAUCUGGUCUAUAAUUGUACUUAAAAGUACAAGAAAUUGAACACAAUGCAUUUUCAAUUGAACUUUUGGAGGAAAAUUUACAUAGAUUUACAUUUUACAUAAGAUUUCCAACAGUGAAAAUAAUGCGAGGUGUUCCCAGGCUCGUCCCAUCUCCUCCAGCAUGCUGCCGUUCUGAUUGGACACUGGCCUUUUAUGUACAGAACGCUUUGUCGCACAGUUGUACACGUAAUAGUAUUCUGUUGACUAUAUUAUACUGUAACACUGCUCACAGCUGCUAAAUUUAUCCUUAGCUUUGCUGUAAAAAACAAACAGUUGAACCAGUGCUGCAGCAUGCUGACCUUUGCCAUAGUAGAAACAGCCUAAGCAGUGCAGUAUUAGUUCCUCGCAAUCUGUGCCAUGUUAGAAAUUGCGCACAAACUGCAGUGUGUAACCUUGACUGCAAAAAGCUUAAGUGUGCCACAUUAUAGCUCUAGAAACUACAGAACAAAGCUGCAGAACAAAGAGAAACAAAAGCUCUUGAGUCUCUUGGUGUUGUUGAACGUCUCUAUUGGGCAAUCUGUAUAUUUGUACUAUAGUCAGUCCAUGCGUGUACAGACAGAAACAUGAGUUUUGAUAUAAAAAGAAUGAAUUCAGAGUGAUUAAACCUAUAGUGUUGCCUGAAGAAAGCAAGAUAAAAGUCUAUUUUUGUUCUCAGUGCAGCAUCAACCUAUAAAGAUAAGGACAGGGGUCGCUUUCUCUUCAGUCCUCAUAGAAUUGUAAAUAGGAACUCAUCUAUUUGCUAACAAUUAAUAAAAACCUGUUAUUGUGGAUGUGGCAACGUUCUCAAGCCAAAAAUGUUCUAAAUCCCCUUCUUGGGACUGAAAGCUGCCCCUUUGAGUGAAGCCACGUGAGAAACAGUGUUAAAGAAAGGAUGGAGGGAUUAUUUGUCUUUCAUAGAGGAGAGAAAAGCGCUUUCUAGGACAUUAACAAGAUUACUGAUCAAAGAGGAAGCACUUGUUAUAUAAUGUUGAGUUUUGACCUUUUUUUUGCUCAUGCUGUAAAAUGUGGACAAGCACUGAUGUUCGUUACAUUUAUUCUUCUUCUUUUUUGUUCAUUUUUUUAAAAAACAUUGACUGUAAAAUGUGUUUUGACCCGAACAAGAAUGUUGCUGUAUUUUUAAGUUCAGUGUCACUCCGUCAUCUGAUGCAAUCGAACCACAGCUUUUCUUUCUUUGUUCCUAUAUAUAUAUAUAUAUAUAUAUAUAUUUUCUGUAUAUCUAUAUAUGUAUGAGUAUAAAUAUAUAUAUAUAUAGUAGAUAUAUGAAUAUCUAUAAGAAUGUGUACAGUGUGCGGAGGCUUGUUGUGUAUAUACUGUUAUGUGAGAAUAGCUGCCAAAGCCAAACUGUGGUUUAACCUCAGACCACAUAUCCACUUAAAAUGGGUUGACACUACAAGGUUUUUCCUUUUCAUAACCAGUUUGCACUUCAUUUUCUCUGAGUUUAAAGGUAAUUUCAUUGUAGCUCAAAUACUGUUGCUAAAUGUAACCUUGGUACCACAGCCAGAUUGGGGAAAUUCAGUGUAAAGUAAGGAGAAAAAACAGAAGUUUAUGGCCAUCAUUCACAACCUUAUGGAGGGCGGGAGGAGGAAAGAAGAUACUUGGCUCUAUAGAAGAUACUAUAGAGUCAAGGCCAAAGAGGGGGAGAAAGGAAAGAGAUGUCAACUUACCACUUAAAUUAUCAAUGGUUUUUUGGUUCUUUUCUUUCCACUCUACUCUUAUCUUUAGACUCAUCCCCCUGUUCCAGUUCUGGAUGGAGGGGAUCCACAUGUAAUCCCAAAAUGUAACACUACCAUAGACGAUUUUCAUGUAUUGAUCGCCUCAUUUCAGCACUCCAUCAGAUCAGCUUAGCUCAGAUACAGAUGACAAGGUUUCAAAUCAGCUUACAUAGCUGAAGUACUGUAGUUUUCCAGGGUUUAUCACGAUUGAAAGUUCUUUCAUUUAUUUUACAAGAUGGCUUGUUUUCCGCAUGUUUCCAUUAUUUUUCAAUGGUUCCUGACAAAGGAAAUAUACAUAUAUGAAAGAUCUGUAUUUGAAAAGUGAUCUGAGUUCAAAGGUUUUGCAUUAUGCUUCACUGCUUGAAGUGUAUUCACAGCUGUAUUGUCUGUUACGGUUUCAUUUUUUUAUGUUUUAUUUCAGCCGUAGGUUCUCCGUAGAGAGGAUUGUAAAACUUUUUAUUUUUAUUUUGAACCCCUCAGUGGGGGUUGAAGUGGUUAGCUUUUAGAAAUCUGCCAUUGUCAAAUUCAUGUCCUGUUACUUUGUGUGUGAAUAUUUGUAGUCAGCUGAGAUUUAAAUUGUCCCUUUAAAUUAUUGCUGUUACAAUUAUUAUAAUUAUUGCUGAGGUUAAAGCACCAUUGAUUGGUCGAGGCACGUGGUCUAGUAGCCCCACUGCACUCUGGGAUUGAUCCUGUACAUGCUGUAUAUAGACUACAGCUCACCUGCCAGUCACAGACUGUGUCUCAAUGCGCUCGGUUACGUCCUGUAAACACUUCGACAACCUGAACCUGUUCAGGCUACAUCACAGCAAGGCCCUCUUUACACUCCUUUAUACUCUUUGGAUUAAAAUACCAGUGAAUCCCCAUGCUGCUGCUUUUAUGUACCAUGGAAAAGAUGGGAAGUUUCAUACUUACAAAUGUGUUUCACCGAUUACAAAUACUAAUUUCAGUGUUUGGCAAUGAGCUCAAAAUGAUCUGCUCAUUAAACUGAAGAUGUACGACUCCAUAAAUGUUUGUUUAGUUUAAGAAGCCUGAUAAGCAGCAACCAAAAUGACUAGAAAACCUAAGUUACACAAAGCCUUUCAGUAUUUAAGAAAUCAUAUCAACCACCCUGAGGACUGUCUGUCUGGAAGAGUUUCACUCAAAUUGUUUUAGAAAUAUUUUUCAGACUCCGCUUUCUUCUGCAGUCAUAUCAACCGCACAACUGACCAUUCAUAAAUAAAAAAAAACGUGGAACUUGUGUGCCUGUGUCAAUGGAUGCUCUGAACGUGAGGGCUGUGAUGGAUACAGGUUCAGCUGUUGUCCAGAUGUGGGACAAAGCUGACUUAUGUAACUACUGACUGUACAUACUGCAUGACACCAGUUCAGUAAUAACUGCAUGUGUUGAUCAUGUAACAGUUGUAUCACAACACACACA